AUGGCGUCCGUGCGCACGCGCUCCGCGUCACCCAAAACUGUCUCCUUCUCCCCCGUUCUUGAGCGGAAGUACAGCGCCGAUAGGCCUUCCUACCCUCCGGAACUGAACCCGUCUGAUUGGAGGAAGUACUUCACAGAUUUCAGUUCAUACCUUGAUGCCCUGUUGGCUGACCUACAAAACUCGAUAAACCCUGGCCGCGUCAGUAGUCCCAUCGGGCGGACUACAUCACCGAGUGCCAGGACCAGUUCUCCCGGUAGGACAGCGUCACCAAUUGGAAGAGGCAGCUCCCCUGGUCGAUUGAGCUCCCAGGGGGGUAGUUUGAGUUCCCCUACAUCUACUGGAUAUGGUUCAAUUAAUGGCUCGAGGAAUAUAGGAUCUGAUUAUGCUAAACCAGCGUCUCCAACCUAUCAGAACGCAAGCGUGGUACACGAAAAGGCAGUACCAAAGUACACUAACCAGAGCUUCACACCCAGUUAUGGCGCAAACCCUGGGUAUGGGAGAACGGGUAGGGGGAACCUAUCGGAGCUGGACACAUUAUUGGAUGACCUGAGUAAUGCAAGAUACGGAAACUAUGCGGAGAAGAAUUAUACCGAUAGAUCGGACACCUACACCAGAACCAAUGGUGCGGCCAGUCCUGCCUCAACAAGGCCGACAGUGGAUUCACUUCUGGAUCAACUCAGCACCGAUGUUCAUAAUGGACGUGGUUCCACAUCACCAGUCCCGCCAUCAGGCAGUCUUCCAAGACCCGGGACGAAACAGGUGACGGUGACGGUCCAAGAAACAGUCGUGGAACCAGCUCAGCAGCAAUUACCAGUUCAGCAUGAGACACCAGUACAGACCCAUCGGCACCAACACGCCUCCAGCGCUACUAAAGAGCUGGAUGAUCUUAUGGCGUCGCUUUCCGACUUUAAGGUUAGCCCAGGUGCUCCCUCAGUAGACGGCGGCGCUCACGUGUACAGAGAAAAGCGUGCCUGGCAGGAACAAUACCGCAGCAACCCGCGGCAACCUGAAUCAGCAUCUCUGGAGCAUAUGCUCGGAUCCCUAAGAGCGGACAUGAGCCGUCAAGGAGUACAAACCCCCCAAAAGGGAUGUUGCAACGCCUGUGAGAAACCCAUCGUUGGACAGGUUAUCACGGCGCUUGGUCGCACGUGGCAUCCGGAGCACUUCACCUGCGGACACUGCAACCAAGAGUUGGGUACGAGGAACUUCUUUGAACGCGAUGGAAGGCCCUACUGCGAACCGGAUUAUCACAAUCUUUUCUCGCCCAGAUGCGCUUACUGCAAUGGACCAAUCUUGGAUAAAUGCGUGACCGCUCUAGAAAAGACGUGGCACACAGAGCAUUUCUUCUGCGCUCAGUGUGGCCAGCAAUUCGGAGAGGAAGGUUUCCAUGAGAGGGACGGAAAGCCGUACUGUCGUGCGGAUUACUUUGACAUGUUUGCCCCAAAGUGUGGUGGUUGCAACAAACCCAUAAUGGAGAACUACAUCUCUGCUCUUAAUACUCAAUGGCAUCCAGAUUGCUUCGUAUGCAAGGAUUGCCAAAUUGCAGUAAAGGGUAAGACGUUUUAUGCUAUGGAAGGAAAGCCGGAAUGCCGCGAACCAUUCCACGGAGGCUCCUUCUUCGAGCACGAAGGGCACCCAUAUUGUGAAACGCAUUACCAUGGAAAGCGCGGUUCUUUAUGCGCCGGGUGUCACAAACCCAUAGCCGGCCGUUGUAUCACGGCGAUGUUCCGGAAAUUCCACCCGGAGCAUUUUGUUUGUGCGUUCUGCCUUCGACAAUUGAACAAGGGCACGUUUAAGGAACAAAACGAUAAACCAUAUUGUCAUACGUGCUUUGACAAGCUGUUUGGUUAG